AUGAAGCUCUCCCUCAAAAACACAGACGACCAGCGCCGCUACCCACUCAUCAAAGCCAAGAUCCCCAUCACCGUCUUCAACCUCCCUUUUACCACCUCCGUCGCCACCACCCACCCCUCCGCCGUCUCCUUUUCCCUCUCCACCAACUUUUCGUCCGGCCCCUCCCUCAAACUCUCCACCAACACCUCCUCCGCCACCACCACCUCUCCUCCUCCAUUAUCUUUCUCCCUCAAGUCCGGGACGGGCCUCUUCGGCUCCCCUAAGAAUUCGCCGCUUCUCAUCUCUGCCCACUUCACCCUCUUUCCCUCCCCCAACCCUAAUCCCACUUUUACCCUCCAAAUCAAGCCCCGAUUUGGUGACUUCUCGCUCCUCAAAACCACCUUCUCAAACCCUACCACUAACCCUAAACCUGAUGGUAAAUCUUUUUCUGGCUCUGAUUCGAAUGGUGAGGUUGAGAAUGGGUUUGUGCCGGGGGAACCCUUGGGUUGGAGGGAGCUGACAAUGGGUUCUUGUAGUGGCAAAGAUGGGCUUCAAAACCCUAACCUUAGCCCUAACCCUAACGUUAAUGGUUUGUUUGGUUCGGAGGUUUGGAAGAUGGAUUCUUGUGGUGGGAAAGGUGGGAUUUGGUCUGGAUUUGCAGUUACGGCGAGGACAGUGUUACCGGUGACUAAGCGGGUGGCAGUGAAUUGCCGAUGGGGCGUGAAUUUUCCGGAGAAGGGGACCAAGCUGCCGUUCUUGACUGUGGAUAAGGUCGAGAUCGAGAGGGUCGAGGAGGUGAAGGACGUGAUGGUGAAGAGUGUUAAGAGAGAUUCAGGGGACUUGGAGUUGUUGAAAGGUAUGUGUUUUUGGAUGAAGAGAGAUUUGGAGGUUUUGGAGAAGGAGAAUAGGGAGAUGAAACAGAGUUUGGAGGAGAUUCGAUUGGGGCUUUCUCCGAGGAAAUAUGGUGGGGACAGCAUUGGUGUUGGAAGGAAGGCAGUGCCUCAUUCCGGUGAGAAUUCGGGUGAUUUUGAGCGCUGGAGGAGCAAGAAGAGCAGUGAAGAAGAGAAAGGAAGAAGGGAAUCGAAGAAGUCUGUGACUCUGGCAAGUGAUGUGGAAAGUGAGUUGCAGAGAGCUAUCAAGGCUGCCUCAUCAUAG